CAGACGGUUAAGCACAAACUGUUGCAGCAAUACUGUCGCAUGUGAAUGUUAUAUUCUUCAUAUGAAAAUACGCUAUGGUGAAUUGCUUAACCAAUAUCGUCAGAAUUAUAUACAGGCACAUACACAGUACAAAGUUCAAUUAUUUGUAUGCCUUCUAGAGGGCGUGAUUUCAAGUCAAAUUACACAUGGGCUCGACAAACGGUGCAGUCUGACUACGCUGAAAUUUGCUGCGCUCUAGGGAGCAGUACUACAGUGCAAGGACAGAAGAGCUUUGUUGUGCAUCUAGGCAAGAAAAUGGCUGGGAAGGAAAACCUGGACCAUCUGUUAUUUUACGUUAACGGAAAAAAGAUCGAAGAGAAGAAUGUAGAUCCAGAGAUUAUGCUUCUGUCGUACGUCAGAGAAAAAUUAAGGCUGACUGGGACCAAGUACGGCUGUGGUGGUGGAGGGUGUGGAGCUUGUACGGUGAUGGUGUCCCGGUACCAGGUUUGGACUAAAACCAUUACCCACAUCUCAGCUAAUGCCUGCCUGCUACCGGUAUGCCAGCUCCACGGAGCUGCCGUGACAACUGUGGAGGGCAUUGGAAACUCCAAAACCCGGAUCCACCCGGUCCAGGAGCGCAUCGCCAAGGCCCACGGGUCUCAGUGUGGGUUCUGCACCCCGGGGAUGGUGAUGUCCAUGUACACCCUGCUGAGGAACAAGCCGCAGCCCACCCUGGAGGAAAUCACUGAAGCACUGGGGGGUAAUCUAUGCCGAUGCACUGGAUAUCGUCCCAUUAUCGAUGGCUACAAGACAUUCUGUGGGGCUCCUGACUGUUGCCAAAUAAACGGUAAAGGAAAAGAUCACAUGAAUGGAGAUGAUUCAGAGAAUGGAUUAGAAAAUGGACAUCCAGAGCUGUUUGAGAAGGAGCACCUAGCACCUGUGGACCCCACGCAAGAGCUCAUCUUUCCCCCAGAGCUCAUUAUGAUGGCGGAGAGCGGGGAACAAAUAACUCACACCUUCACUGGAGAGAGGAUCACUUGGGUGUCACCCGUGACUCUGGAAGAACUGAUAAAGCUCAAGUCCAGCUAUCCCAGAGCCCCCAUAGUCAUUGGAAACACCAACAUUGGACUGGACAUCAAGUUUAAAGGUGUCCUGCACCCCAUGAUCAUAUGCCCCAGCAGGAUUACAGAGCUCUGUGAGGUGACCCGAAUGCCCCAGGGGGUGUGUGUUGGAGCAGGCAGCAGUCUGUCUGCAGUAAGGGCUCUGAUGGAGGAGCUGGUCCAGGAGCUCCCUCAUGAGCAGACGGAGGUGUUCAGAGCCUUGCUGCAGCAGCUGAAGAACCUGGGAGGGCAGCAGAUUCGCAAUGUGGCCUCUCUUGGAGGAAACAUCGUUAGUGCCUACCCAAACUCGGACCUGAACCCUGUCCUUGCAGCUGGGAGGUGCAUCCUUCGUGCCAUAUCAGAGAGAGGUGAAAGAGAAAUUCUUCUGGAUAAAGAUUUCUUUGUUGGUUUUGCCAAAACCACUCUGAAGCCAGAUGAAGUCGUCCUGUCCGUUUUCAUCCCGAUUUCGAAACAGGGGGAGUUUGUGAGAGCAUACCGUCAGGCUCCCCGCAAGGAGAAUGCCCUUGCCACAGUUACCACGGGAAUGCGGGUUAAGUUCUUCAAGGAUACCACCAAGGUUGAAGACCUCAGUAUUUACUAUGGCGGCGUGGGACCCUGCACAGUAGAGGCUACCAAAACCUGCCAGGAAGUCAUCGGCCGGCCCUGGAAUGAGGAGACGUUGAACCGUGCCUACAGGCUCCUCCUGGAUGAGAUAGCCUUGCCCCCUUCAGCUCCAGGUGGGAAGGUUGAGUUCCGGAGGUCCCUCACUCUCAGCUUCCUCUUCAAGUUCAACCUGGAGAUGCGCAAGCAGCUCCAAGAGAUGGAUGCCAUGCUUGACGAUAGUGUGGGUGAAGUGUCCAGCGCUGUCCGUCCUCUUCCCAAGGAGCUGCAGCUCUCUCUCCAAAAAUUUCAGGACGUGUCCCUGGGCCAGCUCGAUCAGGACCCUGUGGGGCGUCCCAUCAUGCACCGCUCUGCCAUCAGCCACGCUACUGGAGAGGCAGUGUACUGCGAUGACAUCCCCAAAUCACAGGGGGAGCUGUUCCUAGCAGUGGUGACUAGCACCAGGGCCCAUGCAAAGAUUAUAAAGAUAGAUUUCAGUGAAGCUCUGAAGCUGCAGGGGGUGGUGGACGUUAUCACGGCCAAGGACAUCCCAGGCAGGAAGUUACGCACUUUCGCUGGCAUCCAAGAGGAGCUGUUGGCUGAAGAGGAGGUCACCUGCGUAGGUCAGAUGAUAUGCGCAGUUGCCGCGGAUACCAAGCAGCAUGCCAAGCGAGGGGCGGCAGCAGUGAAGAUCACGUAUGAAGAUCUGCCCGACACAGUGUUCACCAUGGAGGAAGCAAUGGAGAAAAAGUCUUUCUUUAAGCCUCUGAGGACAAUAGAGAGAGGCUGUGUGACAGAGGCCUUUGGGAAGGCAGACCAAGUACACAAGGGACAGAUUCAUCUGGGUGGCCAGGAGCACUUCUACAUGGAGACACAAAGUGUUCUCGUGGUUCCCUCUGGAGAAGAGAAGGAAAUGAAGGUUUACCUGUCCACUCAAUACCCCGCCUUAGCCCAGGAAUCUGUUGCUGAAACACUGGGCAUUCCCUCCAACCGAGUAUAUUGCCACGUGAAGAGGAUGGGUGGCGGCUUUGGUGGCAAAGUCACAAAGACUGCCACUUUGGCUGCCAUCGCUGCUUUAGCAGCCUGGAAAACAGGGCAGGCAGUGCGCUUUGUUCUGGAAAGGGGGGAUGACAUGCUGAUAACUGGGGCUCGACAUCCAGUCCUGGGAAAGUACAAAGUGGGCUUCAUGAACGAUGGGAGGAUAAUAGCUGCGGACUUGCAGUAUUAUGCCAAUGCCGGGCACACUGGGGACGAGUCCGUCUUGGUCAUUGAGAAGAUUUUGCUCCAUUUGGACAAUGCUUACAACGUGCCAAAUUUGCGUGGUCGGGCCACAGCCUGCAAGACCAACCUGCCCUCUAACACAGCCUUCCGUGGCUUUGGUGUUCCCCAAGGCAUGCUGGUCGUAGAGAACAUGAUUACUGAUGUCGCCAUGGUACUGGGAUGUACACCUGAAGAGAUUCGUGAGAUAAACAUGUACAAGGGGGUGUCAACGACCCACUACAAUCAAGAGUUUGACCCCGAGAACCUUGUGCGCUGCUGGGAGGAGUGCAAGGAGAAAUCAGGCUACCAGAGCCGCCGCAACGCCAUUGCCGAGUUCAACCAGGGAAGCCGCUGGAAGAAGAGAGGUGUGGCCAUCGUACCCACCAAGUGCGGCAUAGCUUUCUCCGAGGGCUUCCUCAACCAGGCAGCAGCUUUGGUCCACAUCUACACAGAUGGAUCAGUGCUUGUGAGUCAUGGAGGAAUUGAGAUGGGUCAGGGAAUCCACACCAAGAUGCAGCAGGUAGUGAGCCGUGAGCUGGGAGUCCCCACGUCCCUGAUCUAUAUCACAGAGACCAGCACUACCACCGUCCCCAACGCCUGUCCCACAGCGGCCUCUUUUGGCACUGAUGCCAACGGCAUGGCAGUGAAGGAUGCAUGCGAGACUUUGCGCCACAGACUGGAGCCUAUUGUCCAAGCAAACCGCGGUGGCACCUGGGAAAGUUGGAUAAAGAAGGCCUUCUUCCAUAAGAUCAGUCUUUCUGCUACAGGAUUUUACAGGGGUCAUGACCUGUACAUGAACUGGGAGAAGAACGAGGGUCAUCCCUAUGCCUAUUUCACCCACGGGGCCUGCUUCAGUGAGGUGGAGGUUGAUUGCCUGACUGGAGACUACAAGAACAUCAAGACGGAUAUUGUUGUUGACAUUGGGCGAAGUAUUAACCCCUCCAUCGACAUUGGCCAGAUUGAGGGGGCGUUCAUCCAGGGGAUGGGACUUUACACCCUGGAGGAGCUGAAGUUCUCCCCAUCAGGAGUGCUGUACACCCGCGGCCCCUCACAGUAUAAGAUCCCUGCAGUGUGUGACGUUCCUCUCUCAUUCAACGUCUACCUGCUACCAGGAUCCAAAAACCCCAAAGCCAUCUACUCCUCCAAGGGCAUCGGAGAGCCGGCAGUGUCCCUGGGCAGCUCGGUGUUCUUCGCCAUCAAAGACGCGGUGGCGGGCGCGCGCAAGGAGGCGGGGCUGAGCGGGCCCUUCUCUCUGGACAGCCCUGCCACUCCGGAGAGGACCUGCAUGGCCUGUGCCACUCCCUUUACGCAGAUGAUUCCAGCAAGUAAACCUGGAUCCUACCAGCCGUGGGCCAUCAACGUGUGAGAAGUUCCAAAAACAUGAAUCCAUUCCACAAGCUCACUGUGUAGCGAUUCUUCAAACUCCUUGGUGUCAUUGAGGAAUUGCACCAACAGCACUGAUUCCUCGGGUGCUUAUUUUUAUAUCUAGCAGUUGGGUAUUAAAAGAUAGAAGACUGCCUAAAGAAAGCUAACAGUGUUGCUGACACAAUAAUACUGGGUAAAAUAUCAAACCUCAUUUUAAAGAUUUUUUUUGGAUUUUAGGCACUUGCGCUUUUCGCAUUCGUCAUGGAUGUUCUUUUGCAAAUUGGUAUUGCAACACAUAUGCCAGUGUGAAAAGGUAUCAAAUAUGGCAUUUUUUAAUAUGAAAAAAGAUUACCACCUUAAUCACCUCAAUCAUCUUGAUCUGACUGACUGCAGACAGCUAGUGUGUCCUAAGGACUUUAUUGUGUUGAAGUACGGGUGUGCACCAGCAUAAUUUAGAGAGCUGUCAGAAAACUAGAGCUGAGCUAAUUGAUAGUAACAAAACCAUCACCCAGAGUUCUGCUCUCCUGCUUGCAAUAUAACCUAAAGCACACACAGUUUAUAUAAGAAUAGUAGAGGCAUAUAUGAAUAUUUGAAUUCAUAAUCAUUUGAGUAGAGUGUGUUGAGUAAAGAAAUUUAUAUUUGUGGUACGCAAAUGUGUUAAUAGCUGCUUUUUGCACUAGCCUAAGGGCAUGUAGUCUUAUCUGAAAAGGGCUGGUGUGGGUGCAUGUGUUUUUUUUUUAGCCCUAAGACAACUGAUUCCACUUAAUCAAGGUCAUGAUUCAAUCAGUAAUUAAUUAAUUGAUUGAAUCAGGUGUUAUAAUGUUUUUUUUUUUUAUUGUAUCCUCACUGGCACUUUGUGGAUAAGACUGGACACCCCUUCACUUGCCAAACAGAGAAUAAAUCUCUCAUUUUAAGCAUACAUGCUAUAAGCUACUUAAGUUUUAAUUAUAUUUUCUUUCAUUCCAAAUUAACUUGGACCUUCGCACUUACUAAACCUGCAGUGUUGGCUUUACGGUGCUCUGUGCACUGACUUUUUUAUUUUUAUAUUUGUUUGUCCAGAGUGAAUAUUGUGAUAAUUAUGGUUGUUACACUCUUCAUUUUCAUUUGGAGGGUGUGUCUACCAGUGUCAGGAGUCUUGAUUGAUUGAUUUAAGUGCACCUAACUAGCAUUCCAGAGAAUAACUGAACACGCUGGCUCACACUUUUCUGCUCUUUUCGAGCUUCAGGUUGCACUUGGAUGUUUGUUUUCUGUGUGGGCUUUUUCAGUGUCCAGUGGUUUGUGUUGUAUAGGUUGCAGAGGACUGGUUGCAUCAAUUGCAGCGUGCUUUUCGUAGACAAGCGCAGGAUAUUCAAGUGGAUUUCCAUAUAUAAUGUAUAUCAGGAUAAAAACCAACAUUUACUUAGUUUGCAUCAUACUCUUGAUGUCGUUAGUAUGGUCCCAGGUUAAUCCAGAUUGCAGCAUGCUUUAAACACCAACAGUAUUCUCAAUCUGGGUCCUUGGGACCCCAGUGUUUGCUGGUUUUUUGCUACAGCCAAUUUACUGCUCAAUCAAGGUUGUUGAACAUGUUUAAAUUCUUUCAUCAUUUUUUGGCUUGUUAUCGCUUGCAUUGUCAAUGACUUAGUUUCAGUGACCAGAUGUCCACACUUAGAUGUCACCAAUUAGGAGCCUGUUGACUCGCCUUAGUUUUUAAUUAAAUUAGUUUUUUCUUCUUCUGUUUAAAAUUUUUUUAAUCAUGUUUGCAAUGUGGCACAAUGUAAAUUGUGGGCUUUUAUUCUGUAUGCUUAGCUAUUUCUGACAUCAAAUGGUUUAAGAGUGUAAACAGUCCCUCAAAACAUGGAAAAGUAUCUUAAGAAAAAUGUGCAGCUUUUUAAAAUUCUGGGAUUGCAAUUGUGGUUGGAACAAAAUCCAGCAUACACAGGGGGUCCCAGGACUGAGUUUGAGAACUACUGAGUUGUCCAAUACGGACAACUGCUGCUGACUAGGUUUUACAAGAGACGAAGGGUGGUUCGUGUAGUCUUUAUAGCCUACUUCAUCCAUGUCUUUUGUCACGUAUCUGCCACUGGCUAGUUUAUUCAAAGUGUUCACAUUUAAAAAAUUAUCCCACAUCAAAUAUUAAAACCUUUCCAUCCUUUG